AUGAUUACUUCUAAUAUUGAUAAGAUUUUCAUGAAAGUCGCUGCCAAGGUACUCUCUGUUUCUCACGUGGUGUACUGGUACGGCGUGGAAAUGUUUGCGCACUAUAUUCCUCCAGAAUUGGCCGAAUUGGUUCAAGCCGGUAUGUUCGUACCACUGGUUGGGCCAAAUGGUCGACCCAACGGCAGGACACCGCCAUACACAUUACCACUCACUCACCUCCCAAUGAUGCACAUGACUGCUCGGCACUCGUCAUCAGCUUGCCCCGGAGAAGGACCCCCACAGAUGCGUAAGAUGUUUAUCGGUGGUCUCAGCCAUGAAACAAAUGACGAUGCGUUGCGCGUCUAUUUCACGCAAUGGGGACCUGUAGUAGAUGCAAUCGUUAUUCGCGAUCCAACUACGAAGCAGUCGCGUGGAUUUGGAUUUGUUACCUUCGCUACAAUCGCUAGUCUGGAAGCAGCUAUGAUGGACAGGCCGCACAUCAUUGCCGGAAAAACAGUUGACUCAAAACGUGCUAUUCCUCGCGAGCAGAUGACCCCUAUGUUUCCACCACCAUUCUUCGCAUGUGAGCAAGCCCCUGGUUGCAAGCUUUUGCUGUCAGGGCUUAACUGGGAUUAUCAUCGUGUUGACACUCUUCGCAUUUACUUUGAAAAGUUUGGGUCUCUUGAUCAGGUUGAAAUACUGGGUGAUCAUCGUGGUUUUGGUUUUGUGGUAUUCGAGGAUAAGCAAAGCGCUGACAAGUGUCUCAACGAAAACAAUGGAAGGCAUAUUAUAGCGUCGAAAAGAGUUGAUGUUAGGCCAUUCCCAAAACGACAGUCCACGUAUUGGCGUCGCAAUCCGGACUCACCAAAUGGUGGAACACCAAAUUCAGCUGCGCCGACUGUGCCUCAUACACUUUACGACCAAUUGGCUACGAUUAGUUUGAAUUCUAGAGCGACACAGUAUGACGAAGAUAGCAGUUAUGGAGGUACAACGACAGAGGACGAUUGCAAGUCAAGUGAACACGGCAGUUCUUCUUCUGCAAUUGACACGAAUUCGCCAAGCAACACUUCACAGUAA